AUGGAACCCAACAUGUCAUUCUUCAGUCUUCCAUUUGUGGAUUCCGAAGCCACUGAUUUGGUUUUGAAGAAGAAUCAAGAAUGCGAAUAUGACUUCACAAAUGACCUGCCUUCUCAUGGGUCAUUAUUGGGCACUGACGAUGUUUUGGCUCAGUUUUUGUCCGCUGAUGGACCUCUCGAGGAACCCGACCUUAACGGGCCUACAACAUUGCACUGCGAGAUAUGUAGCAAGAAGUUUGAUAAUGCCAAGAAGUAUUAUGGUCACUUGAGAGUACAUUCUAAGGAUAAUCUUUGGAUAUGUGACAAGUGUCCAGAUCAGAAAUUUGCUGUUAAACAACAGCUGAUGAAGCACAGCUUAAUACACAAGCCGCUUGCUAGAGUUUGGAAGUGUCCACAGUGCUCUAUGGCAUUUGAGGCUUUGUGGCGUUUGCAGCAACAUUUGUUUGCUAAGCAUUUAGAUUAUAGGCCCCAUAAGUGUGAGCAAUGUGACAAAUGCUUUCACAAACCAUCAGAUUUAAGAGAACAUUUGGACACUCAUAAAGAUAUUAAAGCACAUGUCUGUCCGAACUGCGGAAGGCGUUUCAGUCAUAAAUCGAAUCUGAAAAGACAUAUGAUAUUGCACGGAAAGGAGAAACCUUUCAGUUGUAUGGGAUGUCAAACGAGGUUCACACAGGUAGCAUCAUUGAGACGUCAUCAGAAAAAUUGCUCUCAAUUCAAAUCACAGAAUCCUGUUCAAUCACAGGACAAAACUAGGAAGAAUUACUGCAGGGUUUGUGGAGCUACUUUUCAAUAUAAAAGUUCCUUGCUAGAACAUUGUAUAAGACAACACACACCUCAUAAAGAAGAGAAAGAAAAGAAUACUCGUAGUAAAGACGCAACAAGAACCGAAGAUAAUAUUGUUGAUGAUAUAUUAUCUGUAGAAGAUGACUAUAUGACUAUGUCAAAUGAUCAAAGCGGUCUAACAAGUUACAAUCAUCAAGUAACGAACGAUUCUGCCUCAUACGACAACUUAAUGCAAAUAGAAUUCCUUAAAGAAAUGAAUCAAUUACACAUAUUGGACGACGAAUUGCUCUACAACGAUAUAGAUUUUGAUAGUUUCCAAAAUAAUCAGAUAUUUAACAUAAACCCUGGCGAUAUAGAUUGUAAUGAUAAAAGUGAAGUUAUGUUCGAUUUCACCGAUACAAACAAAAGUGAGGAUCAAGAUAUAAUGAACGCGAUAUAUCAAGUCAAAGCGGAACUAUUACCAGAUGAGCUCUUAAACGUGGAGACUAUAAACGCUAAUAAACAUCAAGAAUUAGAGAACACUCAAGUCACUGUCAACGAAUGUGCCACAAUAUUCGAGAGUGACGUAGAUUUAGAGGCGAGUAGUAAUCUGGCUGCGAAUUUAAAUCAGCUGAUAGGUGAAAACAGUGUUCAGUAUAUAUCCACAGAGGACGACGAUAUGUUCAUCAUAAGUCUAAACAGUGAAAUCGAUGCUGAACAGUUAACAGACAUGUUGAAUAUAGGCGUCGGUGUAGUGAGUAAAGUGGAGGAAGCGACUGAGAUAAAAAAUAAAGAAUUAGACAAAAGCAAAAGUCUGUUAGACAACAUACAACCGAUCAUAUUGAAGAUCGAACAAUCACAAGCUUCUAACACUAGUGACGUAGAUACAAACGAAAAGGAGAACAAACAAAGUAGAAAGUUGAAGCGGAAACGGGUGCUAUAUGUUUGCUCAACCUGCGACAAAGUGUUCAAGAGACGAGACAACUUUAGAUCUCACAUAGGUACUCACGAGGCGUCCCUCCGCCGUCACGUGUGUUCCGUGUGCGGUGAAAGGUUCAGUUAUCGUUCAACCCUCAACAAACACAGACGAGCCACGCACACACCGCACGUAGCUGAGAGGCACGAAUGUACGCGGUGUGAACGAGCAUUCACCGCGGCUUGGAUGUUGAAAAAUCACAUUAAACGUGACCACGAUCGUCUAACUCCGUACACUUGUGAUUAUAAAGAAUGUGAUAGGAAAUUUUUCAAAAAAUGCGAUCUGGUUGUACAUAAGAGGCAACACACGGGCGAGAGACCAUAUUCUUGUGAGAUCUGCAAACAGAAGUUUCUUCACAGUUCUCAUCUCAAAAGACACGAGCGUGGAGUUGACUGCGCUAAAAGGCGAAAAAGAUAA